AUGGACACUGAAGCUGUUGUUAAAUUUAUCGAACCAACUAAAGGAAGAGUGAAUGUUAUAAGUCCGGAUACGUUCAACAUGAGAAUUUUCAAUGAAACUGAUUCGUUACAAUUUUCUGUUAUGGGGCCGAGUUCAGGGGCAAUUCCAAAUAUCGGUAGUCUAAAGAUUAACGGAGUGGAGUUUUGCAACAAUCCUCGUAAGGAUUAUUUAAAUAAUUUUAUAGAAAUAAACCAACCAAUAACCAACCAACCAACGAACCAACCAGUAGUACCAACGUCUGAAAUAGUAGAAGAUUCCUGUGGAAGAAGAAAAAUAACACACACUGAACUUAUUGUGGGAGGAGCAAAUACCAAGGCUGGCGAUUGGCCAUGGCACGUGGCUAUAUAUAGAUUGCACAGGGCUGAUAUAAAAUACAUUUGUGGUGGAACCUUGCUUUCAAAAAAUUACGUAUUAACUGCUGCUCAUUGUGCUACAAUUAGAGGUGAAGCUGUGAUUCCAGAUAUUUUGAAUAUAGUUUUAGGUAAAUAUAAUCUCGUAGGAGGAGAUAUAGCGGUACAAGAGAAAGAAGUAUUUAAAGUUAUUAUACAUGAGAAAUUUAACUAUAAGAUCCGAUUGGAUAAUGAUAUUGCAUUACUUAAAUUAAGAACGGAAGUAACCUUUACCGAUUACGUUCAACCAGCGUGUAUAUGGAGCGAGAAAGCAAUAGAAAAAAUACCUACGAAUGAAAUUAUUGGAACGGUCAUAGGUUGGGGAUUCGAUCAAACUGACGAACUAUCGAGUCAGCUUCGACAAGCAACUAUGCCAAUCAUAUCUGAGAACACAUGUUACAAAAGCAAUCCGUUAUUCUACUCAAAUGUUUUGACCGAAAACAAAUUUUGUGCAGGUUUGAAAAAUGGAACAUCAGCCUGCAAUGGGGAUAGUGGCGGUGGCUUUUUUGUUUUUGUGCCUGACAUAUCGCACGACGCACAUCCAAACGCUCCAGGUGCUUGGUACCUCAAGGGAAUAGUGUCACUAACUGUCUCCAGACGGGAUGUGCCACUGUGUGAUCCAACUCAAUACGUAGUUUUCACUGACGUUUCAAGGUAUAGAGAAUGGAUAGAUAAGAAUAUAAAUUAA